AUGCCUGGUUCCGUUUUUCUGCUUGGUCCUGGCUUUAUCGGCGGAGAGAUUAUCGACCUCCUCCUUACAUCGGACUAUACUGUAACAACACUUGUUCGUCGAGAAUCGGCCGUUCCAGAUUAUGCCAAUUUAGGUGUCAAGUCAGUGGUUGGCAAUCUGGACGAUGCAUCAAUAAUCAGGGAACAAGUGACUAUUAAUGACAUUAUUUUCCACACUGCGACUGCAGACCACUUGCCUUCCGUACAAGCCAUCAUCGAUGGCAUCAGACAACGAGCAGCGCAAGGCCUGGAAACAAUCUACAUCCAUAACAGCGGAGCAUCCCUCCUUUCCGAUACUGCCAAUGGGGCUUACAAGAGUGAGACUAUAUUUGAUGAUGAGAACCCCGAGCAGAUUGAUGCACUGCCUGAUUCCGCCUCGCAUCGCCAAAUCGACCUGGUCAUCAUCCGAGCACGCCAGGAACUAGCAUCUCAUGCGAAAAUGGCCAUAAUGAUUCCUCCUCUCAUCUACGGGGUGACUACAAGGGAGAAGCGUCUCUCGAUUCAAUUACCCACCCUCAUUCGAUACUCGAUCAAACAUGGCUAUGCCGGUCAGAUCGGGAAGGGUCUGUCACUCUGGAAUCAGAUUCAUGUUAAGGACCUUGCCCGGGGAUAUAUGGUUCUGCUGCAUUGGAUGGAGCGUACGCCCAUAAAGGAGGCUGCCCAAAAUCCAUAUUUCUUUUGUGAAAAUGGCCAAGAGUUAUCGUGGGGUGAAUGCGCCGCUGAGAUUGGCCGAAUACUGAAGAGCAAAGGACGCAUUGAUCAAGCAACACCGCAGACUGUUCCGGAGGAUCACUGGUGUGAUUUGUUCGGGGGUCACUCUGGGAUUAUGGUCGGAUCAAAUGCACGCAAUAGGGCUAGUCGACUGAGGAAGAUGGGAUGGGCACCCUUGGAGAAGGGAACCCUGGCCUCACUGGCUGAAGAUGAAAUUCCAAUCAUUUUGGAGGACACUGGAGAGUUCAAUGGUUAUGCCAGCGUCGUUGCUUCGUAA